GUAAAACAGCCUCGAAGCCUUUUUCUCUGCAGCCAGUUCUUUCGGAAGCGUCUCUUGUUGCACAGCGUGCUUCGUUUCCUUUCCCUUACUUUCUCUCUCUUUAUCUCUCUGUGUAUAGUUUUUCUCCAUCUAUAUAUAUUGGUUACCAGAUUCGACGAUCGGAAGCUUUUCAUCCAUAUCCACCGAUGACUCUGAUGACUCCACCGCUAGAUCAGCAAGAGGACGAGGAGAUGCUGGUGCCCCAUUCAGAUUUGGUGGUAGAGGGUCCACAGCCGAUGGAACAUUUUGCUACUAACGAUACUCGAUCAGUGGCACAAGUGGAGCCUGCGGCCACUGUGGAAAAUCAGCCAGUGGAGGACCCUCCAUCCAUGAAAUUCACAUGGACUUUAGAAAAUUUCUUGAGGUUGAACACGAAGAAGCACUACUCUGAUAUAUUCGUCGUGGGUGGUUACAAAUGGCGUGUUCUUAUUUUUCCUAAGGGCAACAAUGUGGACCACUUAUCCAUGUAUUUAGACGUUGCUGAUUCCCCCACGCUGCCCUAUGGAUGGAGUAGAUAUGCACAGUUUAGCUUGGCUGUUGUUAAUCAAAUUCAUAACAAAUACUCGAUUAGAAAAGACACGCAGCAUCAGUUUAAUGUUCGGGAGAGCGACUGGGGAUUUACUUCAUUCAUGCCUCUCAAUGAACUUUAUGAUCCCAGUAGAGGAUAUCUUGUGAAUGAUACAGUUGUUAUCGAAGCUGAGGUAGCUGUUCGUAAGAUUAUGGACUAUUGGGCAUAUGAUUCUAAGAAAGAGACUGGCUAUGUUGGUCUCAAGAACCAAGGGGCAACUUGCUACAUGAACUCUCUCUUACAAACUCUCUAUCAUAUUCCUUACUUCAGGAAGGCUGUGUACCACAUGCCAACGACUGAAAAUGACAUGCCUACAGGAAGUAUUCCUUUGGCUCUUCAGAGUUUGUUCUAUAAGCUUCAAUAUAAUGACACCAGUGUUGCAACGAAGGAAUUGACCAAAUCUUUCGGAUGGGAUACAUAUGACUCAUUCAUGCAACAUGAUGUGCAAGAACUCAACAGAGUGCUGUGUGAGAAGCUUGAAGAUAAAAUGAAGGGUACUGUUGUGGAGGGAACAAUACAACAAUUAUUUGAGGGUCACCAUAUGAAUUAUAUUGAAUGCAUCAAUGUGGACUACAAAUCUACGAGAAAGGAAUCAUUUUAUGAUCUCCAGCUUGAUGUCACAGGCUGCCGCGAUGUUUAUGCUUCUUUUGAUAAGUAUGUUGAAGUUGAACGUCUUGAGGGCGACAACAAAUACCAUGCUGAAGAGCAUGGUUUGCAGGAUGCUAGGAAGGGUGUCUUGUUUAUUGACUUCCCUCCAGUUCUUCAACUUCAGCUCAAGCGGUUUGAAUAUGAUUUUAUGCGGGAUACUAUGGUGAAGAUAAACGAUCGCUAUGAAUUUCCGCUUCAACUUGACCUUGAUAGAGAAAAUGGAAAGUAUCUAUCGCCUGAUGCAGAUCGGAGCGUACGCAAUCUUUACACACUUCACAGUGUCUUGGUUCAUAGUGGAGGGGUGCAUGGUGGACAUUACUACGCUUUUAUCAGGCCUACCCUCUCAGAUCAAUGGUUUAAAUUUGACGAUGAACGGGUGACUAAAGAAGAUAUGAAGAGGGCAUUAGAAGAGCAGUAUGGUGGUGAGGAAGAGCUGUCACAGACCAAUCCUGGCUUUAAUAAUACUCCGUUUAAAUUCACAAAAUACUCCAAUGCAUACAUGCUUGUGUAUAUACGUGAAAGUGACAAGGACAAAAUAAUUUGUGAUGUUGACGAGAAAGACAUUGCUGAACAUUUGAGGAUAAGGUUGAAAAAGGAGCAAGAAGAGAAGGAGGACAGGAAAAGAUAUAAAGCACAGGCUCACCUUUUUACUAUGAUAAAGGUUGCACGAGAUGAGGACCUCAUGGAGCAGAUAGGAAGGGAUAUAUAUUUUGAUCUUGUAGAUCAUGAGAAAGUUCGUAGUUUCCGGAUUCAAAAACAGACAUCUUUUAGUAUAUUUAAGGAGGAGGUUGCCAAAGAGUUUGGCAUACCAGUACAACUACAGCGUUUUUGGAUAUGGGCAAAGCGGCAGAAUCAUACCUAUCGGCCUAAUAGACCAUUGACACAUCUGGAGGAAGCACACACUGUUGGACAAUUGCGGGAGGUAACAAUCAAGGCACACAACGCUGAACUUAAGUUAUUUUUGGAAGUAGAGCUUGGGCUGGAUUUACGUCCUAUUCCUCCACCUGUCAGAACUAAAGAGGACAUUCUACUUUUCUUCAAGCUUUAUAACCCUGAGAGAGAAGAAUUACGAUAUGUUGGGAGGCUCUUUGUAAAGAAUACUGGGAAGCCAAUAGAAAUAUUAUCGAAACUAAAUCAAAUGGCUGGCUUUGCUCCGGAUGAAGAAAUAGAAUUUUAUGAGGAAAUUAAGUUUGAGCCUACCGUCAUGUGUGAACACAUUGAUAAGAAGACAUCAUUUCGAUUAAGUCAGAUUGAAGAUGGUGACAUCAUUUGCUUUCAGAAAUGUUCUCAUCUUGAAAGUGAAAUAGGGUUUAGAUAUCCGGACGUGCCUUCAUUUUUGGAGUAUGUGCACAAUCGCCAGAUGGUUCAUUUUCGAUCUUUGGACAAACCAAAAGAGGAUGAUUUCUCUCUAGAGCUGUCAAAGUUGCAUACCUAUGAUGACGUGGUGGAGAGAGUGGCUCGUCAUAUUGGUCUGGAUGAUCCUUCCAAAAUCAGACUUACAGCUCAUAACUGCUACUCGCAGCAACCUAAGCCCCAGUCCAUCAGAUAUCGAUCACUUGAGCAUUUGCCAGAUAUGUUAGUCCACUACAAUCAGGUUAGCUCCGAUAUUUUGUACUAUGAAGUUUUGGACAUUCCUCUUCCGGAAUUGCAAGGUUUAAAAGCUUUGAAAGUUGCGUUCCAUCAUGCAACAAAAGAUGAGGUUGUUAUUCACAAUAUUAGGUUACCUAAGCAGAGCACUGUCGGAGAUGUGAUUAAUGAACUAAAAACAAAGGUAGAGUUGUCCCAUCCAAAUGCUGAACUUAGACUACUUGAAGUUUUCUAUCACAAGAUUUAUAAGAUCUUCCCUCCUAAUGAAAAGAUUGAGAAUAUAAAUGACCAGUACUGGACAUUGCGGGCGGAGGAGAUCCCCGAGGAAGAGAAGAACAUAUGCCCGCAGGAUCGCUUGAUUCAUGUUUGUCAUUUUACGAAAGACUCUGCACAGAAUCAAAUGCAAGCACAAAAUUUUGGGGAACCAUUUUUUAUGGUUAUCCAUGAAACUGAAACUUUGGCGGAUGUUAAAUUACGAAUACAAAAGAAAUUACAAAUUGCAGAUGAGGAAUUCUCGAAGUGGAAAUUUGCGUUUAUGUCAUUGGGUCGUCCAGAGUACCUACAGGACUCUGACGUAGUAUUUACUCGGUUUCAGAGAAAAGAUGUGUAUGCUGCUUGGGAGCAAUACCUUGGAUUGGAGCACUCAGAUAAUACUCCCAAGAGGGCUUAUGCAGUAAAUCAGAACCGUUACACAUAUGAGAAGCCUGUUAAAAUAUACAACUAGUAAAGAGCAGUUAAUCCUCCGCCAGCAUGUUGGGGGAAUUGCACUUGCUUCUCGCCACAACAGAUUCCUGCCACAAUUCCAUUGUGGAACUCGACAUGAUGAUGCCGGACUGCAUAUCCGAGAGGGAAAAAAACGAAGCUUUCAUUGAGGUUCCCUCUGUAGGACUGGAUUGGUUUCGGCUAUAUUAUUUUUCCCAUUGUGGGUUUGGGAAAGGGAGCAAGUGUAUUCUUAGUGUAGUGUGUUUUUAUGUUCUGACACCCAAUUUGCGCCCUUUGUUCUUUCUAGGCCUUUCUCAUCAUGAUGAUACCUACUUGAUUUGAGAGAAGGUGAUGGCUUUUUAUAUACAACUCCUGUGUAAUUGUAGACGUAGAUAAGAGGAUUUUGAUGACGGGUGGUACACCGGGUAUAGUUGGUGGCCUUUGAGGUGGCAUUUUUUUCCUUCAACUUUUUUUUGGGUUUUAAUUUGAAGAUCUAGGGAAUUUGCUUGUAAAAUAGUUUGUUUUGAGUUAAAAAGUUAUGGGCGUAGGACUGUCGGAACUAACCGUAUUGUUCUGCGUCACAAAUUAUCUUUGUGGCUGCUCCCGUAUACUUAAUUUAAAUUGUUGCUCGCCUUCAAUCAGUAAUAUUAUUGUUCUUCAUUUGGGUU